UGUCUCAACGUUCUGAGCCGGCUGGGGAACAGCUGCUGGGAGGCUCCGAGCAGGGCUGGUGGCCUCAGACCAUCCGAGGCUGGUGAUUCAUGUGAUUUCCAGCACGCAGAUGGUUUUCUGUCUAUUACAGACCACUGCUGGAGUGGGACCUUUGCAUAGAGAAGUCGGCCCCUGUUUUGCUGUAGUGGCUCUCCCUGAUGAUCUGAGUGGAUCUUCCCGGUACACCAUGGCACGGCAUAGCAAGCUCCAGAAGCAAAUCUUAAGCUUGUACAGACAGUUCCUACGAGCCGGCAAAGAGAAGCCGGGGUUCUUACCUCGGAUACAGGCCGAGUUCCGGAAGAACGCCAGCAUCCCCCGGAUGGAUGUUAUGCACAUUGAGUAUCUCAUCCGCCGCGGCCAGAGGCAGCUGGAGCAGCUCAGAGACGUUAACACCAAACAAAUGGGCACCUUUGUCAAAACCAAGCCGGAAGAGCGGUGACCCCUGCUGGCUGGCGCGGGCGGCUUUCUUGUACUGGGACAGUUAGCGUGUGAAUUCAGAGACGUGCCUUCCAGAUUCUCACAUCCUCGUGCACCCCUUUCUGUUUGCACAUGGGUCCGAUCACAGUGAAGGAAAACUAUCCAGUCGGUGCAAUUGUCCUACCUGGAUUGGAGUUCACUGGGAUAAAUGAAGACUGGUUUAGGUGUCUCUACACGAGGGAACCACUAGAGGGUGCAUUUGAGAAGCCGAUCUCUAUAAUUCUAAGCUUUUUAAUAAUUCAAGUGUAGAUGGGUGAUCUGGAGGUGACGUUCUUGUUUCCAAUACCUGGGACGUAAUCCGUUCCUACCCCUGUUGCCUCCUCUAUUCUCAAACAGGCAGAUUACCCAGAAAAAUAAAAGAAAGGGACAGUGGUGGGUUGAAAUUCUAUUUCUGUCAUUUUUUUUAUUAUCUAUAGUGCCUAAAAGCCCCACCCAUGGACCAGGCCCCCACUGCGCUAGGUGCUGUACAAACAGUGGAUCUGGGUGCUACAAUUCUUGAGUGCCCCACCAAAGUGCUUUCGAAGGAUCAGAAAGAGCCGAGCACCUGCCUUUUGAAAAUCGGGUUCCUUAAGGUGUCUCAUGACGGGCGGCUCCUUCCCUGCAACCCAAAAUCACUACCCACUUCUGAAAAUAAAGGCCUUUGGGCCAAGGUGUUUUCC